UCUGUCAUUAUAACGGCAAAAUGAAAAAGUUCUCCAAAUUACUCCUAAAUGGAAAAGGCUAGCCAUUAGGCAUUUAUAAUAAAGUAAAUGACGCGUCUACAAUAUUGAAGUUACAUUUAACAGCGCAUCAGAAUAACCUACUUAUAUGUUAAAAAUGUCCUACUAAAAAAGUACCAAAAUAGGAAAUUCACCAAAUUCUAAAUUAAAUAUUUGAAAAAAUUGGGGGUUUCGUUUUCAGUAUUGUAAAAAAAACAAUUAAUAAUGCGUAGUUUUCUUCGUCGUUAUAAUUGCAAACGAUAUUAUUUUUCAGUUCUGAUCAUACCUAUUGUAGGUUUUUAUCUUUUUAGCAUGGUGAAAAAUAUGUUUGUGAUUAGCAAUGAAGAAGCCAGAAGGAACCACGAGCGUCGUCUCCAAGACACGCUGCUGGAGCAGCGAGGGUACACGUGUGAGGUUCCUCAGAUGGACCCCUUCGACAAGGAGAUUAUGCAGUUCUUCGAGGUCGUGGACAAGAUCUACUGCCCGGGGUUUGAUUGGGUGGCUUGUCAUCAUUCAAUCUGCAAAGUGAAGCCUGAAAUCCUAGAAACCCAUCGCGACAUAUCCUGUCUCUACAAGGACAUCAUCUACAUAACCGACAAAAAGGCCGAGUUUGGAGAAAUAUACACCAUCAACGGCUCUGAGGAAUACCAGCUGGUGCAAAGUGAUCAUGUGCAUGUCAAGUGCACUGGGAUUGUGCGGAAAGACAACAAACGCAAAGAAUGGAUCGGCUUUGUCGCCGGCUUCCGCCCAGUCCACAUCCCGCCCCCGCGCCGCCCGUCCCCGCCCUCACCCCGCGCCCGCCCUCUCAACGUGCUGUUCGUGGGCUUCGACUCCACGUCCAAGAACGGGUUCAUCAGGAGCAUGCUAGAGACGUUCAGGAGUCUGCAGAAGGACUUCGGGGCUGUGGUCAUGGAUGGCUACAACGUCCUCGGCGACGGCACCCCGGCGACGCUGUUCCCACUGCUGACGGGGCGCACAGAACUGGAGAACCCCGACAGAAGGACGUCGGUCUCUGUCAAGGAGUCCGUGGACGACCUGCCGUUCAUAUUCAAGCGGGUUAGGAGUCAUGGCUACCGCACAGUGUACUUCGAGGACCACCCCGACAUCGGCACGUUCAACUUCCGGUUCACGGGGUUCCGCCGGCAGCCCGCCGACCACUACUUGAGGCACUUCUUCACGCUCGCCAACGCGCAUAAUAAAAAGGAUAGGUAUUGCAUAGGAGACACUCCGUCAUUUCUGCUGAUGUUGAAAAAAACUGAAGAAUUCAUGAAACUCGACGGGCCCAAGUUCGCGUUCACAUUCAUAUCGGACAUCACCCACGACCGCUCCAUUUUGUCAGUCGCUGACACUGACACCGCGGCGUGGCUCCGUCGGCUGAGGGACGGGGGGCAUCUGGAAGAUACUCUUGUCGUGGUGCACGGCGACCAUGGACCCAGAUACGUGAAACAACGCAGCACCCUAAUAGGCAAGCUUGAAGAGCGUCUGCCAUUACUUGCCAUCAUUCUGCCCGAGCGGUACAAGAGAUCACACCCGGAGGCACUCGCCAACCUCAGAGGAAACAAGCGAACGCUGACCACGCCCCAUGAUUUGUAUCAUACGUAUCUGGAGAUAAUGGGCUUGAAGGAGUAUCAGAAUAGUUAUAGGGUGCCAGGGUCAAGCUUUCAAAGAGGAAUGUCGUUGGUGGAGCCAAUCCCCAAAAACCGCACCUGCGCAGACGCCGGCGUGGAGGCUCACUGGUGCGCGUGCGUCAAGUGGACGCGGGUGGCGGAACAGCACCCACUUUACCGACGCAGCGCCGAGGCCCUGGUCCAGUAUAUUAAUACUUUGACUGAGGAGAUGAGAUCCAAGUGCGCCAUCAGAACGCUAUCCCACAUCUCCUACGUGCAACAACAGGCCCCGAGCAAGCAGCUGCUGACCUUCGAACACAGUGUGGACUAUGACGGGUACAUACCCGUAUUCACGGCGUAUACGGGGGAAAAGAAACAGACCUUCAGUGUUAAGAUCGCGGUAGGCCCCGGCCACGGCGAGUACGAGGCCACGAUGACGUACUCGCUCACCGACGACGUGUUCAAGCUCGACCACCGGGCUAUCUCUAGGAUUAACGCCUACAACAAUGAGCCAAGCUGUAUAAGCGACACACAUCCACACCUCAAUAUGUAUUGUUAUUGUGUACAAUAGUUCCGCCAACUAUUCAUUCUCAGGCUCUGUCUCUCCACCCACAAAAAAGUACUUACUAACUUCUGAUCUCUACGAUCAAUUAUGGCAAAAAAUGUAUGUUCAAAAUGCCAUCUCUUUACGUUAACACUUCCUUUGGUCAAAGGUUUGGAGCUUAUAUAAGAUCACAUAUAUAUAAUAAAAAGAUAUGUCUGUUCGUGAAUUAAAAGAUUGUCUCCUACAGUUAGAUUACUUCACCACAGAAAGUAUUUUAGAUUAAGAUAUUGUUAUGUUGUUAUUUGAGCAAAAGAGAGAUAAUUUGUUUUUAUUUUUGUUAAAAUGUUUUAGUUUUAAUUACAUAAAUUAUGGUACCCCAAGAUACGGGCAAAGCCUAGUUUGGGGACCACUUUAUUAACUAAGAUAACAUAAUAUUAGUGUAAUAUUAGUGUACCUAACGGAAAAUGUAUGUACCUAAACUGUUUUUUGUGCAAUAAAGUUUCUUUUUAUUUUUA